AUGCCAGGCCCAGCACUGACUCUGGCAGUGAGACAGGCUGAGACGUGGGACCUGGGACCCUUUGCUGCAGUGCUUACACCUGGACAAAAUUUCCUCCAGCAACAAAAUACAAAUAAACUGCGCUUCUAUCCCAUGGAAACAGGGAACAAUACACACAUUUCAAAAUUUCUUCUUCUGGGACUUUCAGAGGAACCAGAACUGCAGCCUUUUAUAUUUGGGCUUUUCCUCUCCAUGUACCUGAUCACUGUGUUUUGGAAGCUGCUCACCAUCCUGGCUGUCAGCUCAGACUCCCACCUCCAUUCACCCAUGUACUUUUUUCUCUCCCACCUGACCUUUAUAGACAUCUGUUUCACCUCCACCACCAUCCCAAAGAUGCUAUGGAACAUUCAGACACAGAGCAAAGUUAUAACUUUUGAUGGCUGCAUCACCCAGAUGUAUUUUCACAUACUGUUUGCAAGCUUAGAUGAUGCUCUCCUGAGUGUGAUGGCCUAUGACAGGUUUGUGGCCAUCUGCCACCCCCUGCACUACAUGAGCAUAAUGAACCCUGGACUCUGUGGACUGUUGGUUCUGAUCUCCUGGAUAAUGAUGGCCAUGUAUUCCUUGUUACACACCUUAAUGGUAUCACGAUUGUCCUUCUGUCCAGAUUUGAAAAUCCCGGCCUUUUUCUGUGAACCCAAUCAGAUGGUACAACUUGCCAGUUCUGACACAUUUCUUAAUAACCUGGUGAUGUAUUUUGCAGCUCUCCUCAUGAGCACUGGUCCUUUUUCUGGUAUCCUUUAUUCUUAUUCUAAAAUAUUUGCUUGCAUUCAUAGAAUCUCAUCAGUUCAGGGGAAGUAUAAAGCAUUUUUUACCUGUGUGUCUCACCUUUCCAUUGUCAUUUUGUUUUAUUGUACACGCCUAAGUGUAUACCUUAGCUCUGCUGCUACCCACAGCUCACACUCAUGUGCAACUUCCUCGGUGAUGUACAUUGUGAUCACACUCAUGCUGAACCUCUUCAUCUACAGUCUGAGAAAUAAAGACAUAAAGAAUGCACUGAAGAGAUUCUAUUUGAUGCAAGGUAUAAAAUGGACAAUUAUCCUGGGUGUGAUGAAAUGCCCUUGA